UUUUCUUGUUUUACACCAAUGGCUCUGUAUCAAAAUCCACAGUUUUACUACCCUUUGGCCACAAAUGCUACUGGCCCAGGUUUAGGAGGAGAGAGGUCGAAUGGGAACUUUAAUGGAGUUUCAGGUGGAAGUAGGGAUCCUUUAACUUCAUUACAGCUACUGGAACUGGAAAACCAGGCUUUCAUCUACAGAUGCCUGGCAGCAGGAUUGCCAGUGCCAUCCACUUUGCUGCAGUCUCUAAGCGACCUUAAUCUACUGGGUGGCUCUCUCUCUACAGUUGGUGGAGGAUCUCUCUUUACAUUUGGUGGAGGACAAGUUCGAAGUGGCUAUGCAGGCAACCGGGAGGCAGAACCAGGGCGAUGUAGAAGAACCGAUGGCAAGAAAUGGCGAUGCCCAAAAGAGGUCGUUCCUGGUCAGAAGUACUGUGAAAACCAUGUUAAUAGAGGACGGCGUUCAAGAAAGCCUGUGGGCACACAGGCUCGACAAGCCGCCUCCUCCAGGGCUUCCUCCACAACUUCUCGCCGUUUUCAAGUGAGGAGGAAUUCACCAUCUCAGGCCUUCUUCUCCAGGCCUUCUGUGCAACCCAACAUAGGAAGGGGGAUGUUCAGGUUUCCACAGAGGGACCUGCUCAGUGUGCCUUCUGUGAACUUCGGCUUUAAUCCCAACAGUCCUGCAAUGGAGCUCCCUUCACCAACUUUUAACCUAGGGUACAACACCAUGCCUGGGAUUCUCUUCAAUGAUCAAAGGGCAGCGUCAUUCCAAUCAAGAAACUUGACCCCCAAUCUGAACAUGAUGCCCAAUCUACUGGACCUUGCACCCAGUGCACCUAUGCAAGCUCCGACUCUCAGCAACUCGAUGGAUGAUUACUUCUCCCUCUCUUCAUUUUUUACCGGCCUCUCCCUGUAUCCCCCGUCAGUUUCGUCGGGAAGCAACACUGAUCAGACUGAGAUCACUGUCAGCAAUGGCUACACUGAUCAAACUAGCUCUUCCAAUGACCAAGCCAAUUGGUUUCUCACUGAUUCGAUUGGGGGAGGAGGGCCUCUAGGAGAGAUGUUGAAUUCUAGCUUUGGAUGGAGAUCAUACACUCCUGGGGAAUCUUCUACAAUGAACCUUAUGAAUGAGAAUUCGGAGUCGGUCUCCUCUCCAACUGCUGUGAUCCUCACAAACAUCGACUCGGAGGCCUACAGUAGCAAUGGCAGUAGCCAGACCUAAGCUACUGGUGAAACCAGGUGAUCAAGUCUAGCUAAACUCGGUUCUUGGGUCAAGUCAUGGCUCUAGUCACAAGGUUCUUUGUCUGGUGUGGUUUUGUUUGGUGUUAUGGUGUGGUCUUGGCAAUAAGUUUGAAGGGAAUAAAGUUGGUGAAUUGGGUUUAGUAGUUGUGAGUCAGUUGUCUGUGCUUUGGUGAGUCUUGGUCUGCAUUUGAGUAUUGAGUGCUUCUUCUUGUCCUCCUCUCCUUUCAUUGUGUUCCCCCUUUUCUACUGUUCGGGUGAUGUUAAAGAAAUAAAUU